AUGCUAAUUGUACAUAGGGUGCUGUUCUUGGUGGCUGUGAGUUGCUUAUUGGUGGGGGACACCCAGGUGGAUGGUUUGACUAACCCCAUGGAUCUAAAAAAUUUGUCAGUUGAAACUGUGGAUAAAGAUAUACUGGGGGUAGCCAAAACCCUCCAGAAAAACUUAGGAUCAUACAAAAGAUCUGAAGAUCUUGCUGAAAGUACCAAAGAUAGCACCAUUGAACCUGCUGAAGAAAAUAUAGCUGGGGAAGAUGAAUUACAGCGGAAGGAUGUCACACCGAGGUCUGAUGAAGAUGACAAUUCUGACUACUCUUUAUCUUCUGAUGGUGACAAAGAUGAUGAUGCUGAUAACACAUAUGAUGACUCUUAUGAAAGUGAUACAUAUGAUGAUUCUUCUUCAUCUGAUGAUGAUGACUCUUAUGAAAGUGAUACAUAUGACGAUUCUUCUUCAUCUGAUGAUGAUGACUCUUAUGGUGAUGCAAUUGAUAUUUCUUCAUCUGAUGAUGAUGACAAAGAUGAGGUUGAUAACACAUAUGACGACUCUUAUGAAGGUGAUACAUAUGACGAUUCUUCUUCAUCUGAUGAUGAUGACUCUUAUGGUGAUGCAAUUGAUAUUUCUUCAUCUGAUGAUGAUGACAAAGAUGAGGUUGAUAACACAUAUGACGACUCUUAUGAAGGUGAUACAUAUGACGAUUCUUCUUCAUCUGAUGAUGACAAAGAUGAUGCUUAUAAGACAUAUGACUCUUAUGAAGGUGAUGCACAUAACGUUUCUUCAGCUUCUGAUGACUCUUCUGGUGAUACAUGUGGCAUUUCUUCAUCUUCUGAUGAUGACUCAUAUGGUAAUACUUAUGGCGAUUCUUCAUCUUCUGAUGAUGAAGUCUAA